AUGCGAGUGAUAGGGCUGUUUAUGAGUCUGUGGGGCUAUAACUUGGAAAAGGAAAGAAAAGUCUCUGCAGAAGAAAUUAAACCUUUAGAAGAGAAUCUUGAGAAGUUUGAACGGGUCAAGUGCAACCUUGAUAAAACUGCAGAGUAUAUAAAGGUCCAGGCCCAACAGGCAGAGAGGCAGAUCAAGCAGGAGUUCGACAAGCUUUACCAGUUUCUGCGAGAGGAAGAGGCAGCCAGGAUAGCUGCACUGAGGAAGGAAGAGGAGCAGAAGACUCAGAUGAUGAAGGACAAGAUCGAGAAAAUAGACGCAGACAUCAAAACACUCUUGCAUACAAUCAGAUCUAUCAAAGAAGAUGUGGGAAAAGAUGACAUCAUAUUUCUGAAGAACUUCAGGGGCACAAUAAAAAGAGCUAAAAGCAAGCUGCAGGUGCCAGACCGGUCUGAAGGAACUCUGAUCAAUAUGGCAAAGCAUCUGGGCAACCUAACAUUCAGAGUGUGGCGGAAGGUCAAAGAUAAUGUACAAUACACUCCAGUAACUUUGGAUCCCAACACAGCUCACAGUCAACUCCUGCUGUCUGAGGACCUGACGAGUGUGGCCUACAUCGAGGAGCCCCAAGACGUUCCAGAUAACCCGGAAAGAUUUGACAAGUAUCCCAAUGUCCUGGGCUCUGUGGGCUUUGAUACGGGAACACCUAGCUGGGAAGUAGAGAUUAGGGAUGUUAAGGAUGGACAGUUUUGGGGUCUGGGUGUGAGAGCAGAGUCUGACCAGAGGAAAGGGCGGUUUUCCGCUAAAAGUGGAGUCUGGAGUGUUAGUUGUGCUGAUGGAAAAUAUUCAGCUGUUUCACCAUCCCAGAAACACACUCUCCUGAAAGUGGAGGAGGUACAGAGAAUUAAAGUGCAGCUGGACUAUGAGAAAGGGAAGCUGUCCUUUUCUGACGCUGACAAUAGCACACUCAUACACACUUUCACAGACACUUUUACUGAAAGAGUGUUUCCAUUCUUUUAUGGGAAGGCUUCCUUUAGUAUCUUACCAAGGGCAUUCAUUUUUAAGUACAAUAAGGUCCAUAAAAAGAGAGAUUUGACUAUCUAAAAGUAGUCUCGUUCAGAUUUUUCCUUGAAAUGUCUUUUUGUUUUUGUUUUUGUUGUUGUAAAUAUGAGAACAAGUGUGGGUGUUGAUUGAUGCUCGUCGAGGGCCUUAACAAUCUUGUGUGCUCUCAAAUUGACUGUUUUGUAUAUUCUUCUACUUUGAAUGAGCAUUAGAGACUACACAACCCGGUUUAUGCUUACUGCAGGAUAGGCGUGCACUUUUUGCACACAACCUCAUUGCCAUGUGUAUUUUGUGUC